GGUGUACUUCAGCCAUACCGUGAGCUCGGCUGGUGGCAACGGAUGUACCGCUUAUCUCCCUUCACGUACCUCAUUGAGGGUAUGGUCGGUCAAGCGAUGGGCAACACUCCGAUCCGUUGCUCUUCGACAGAGCUCGUCAGUUUGAAUCUACCCUCGGGUCAAACAUGCUCUGAUUACGGCGGGUAUAUCACCAACAGGGACGCGACCAGUGGGUGCGAAUACUGCGAAUUCACCACGGCGGACGAAUUCCUGGAGACCAGUUUUAACAUCUGCUACAAAAACCACUGGCGCGAUUUCGGUCUUUUCAUCGCGUACAUUGGUUUCAAUGUUUGGUGCAUCUACAUGUUGACAUACAUGUUCCGCAUCCGUUCCGGGAGCAUGAUUGGAAGCGCCGAUGGCUGGCUGAAGACCCGGAUUGCAAAGAGAAAGUGA